AUGACUGUCACAAACUUCCAGGCCCCCGCCGACGAGUUCUCGUUCCUCUCGUGCUGCAUCAGCGCAGACCAGAUCACCGACCCCAAGUACACCAAGACCGAUGACUCGAAGAGCCUAAAGACCUUUUCCACCAUCUCGUCGGGCCUCACGCGCGUCGCCACGUCCAUGUCGGGAACCUCUGUGUCUGCAAAGACGAAAUCCACUUGA